AUGUCUACUGAAGAUAAGCAGGUUUGUGAGGCAGUAGUUGAAAGGAAAGGGAUAGGACAGGAAGAGAGAGAUGAUUCAGGAAUCAGUGAUUAUGGAUUGUCAUUAGAAAGCCCAUUAGCACAUUCAACUAGUUACCCCGAAACGCCGGGACAAACGACGAGAAAUAAGUCAGUUUCAGAGGGUGCAGAUAUGUGGUCGAUGUUGUCAGAUUUGCUAAAGGAAACCACGGCAACAUUAGAGAAAGGUUUACAAGAAACUAGAGAAUCAUUAAAGGAAGAUUUACAAGAAACUAGAGAAAGGGAAGAAAUAUUCCGCAAAUCAGUAGAGGAAGGUUUACAAGAAGCUAGAGAAAGGGAAGAAAUAUUCCGCAAAUCAUUAAAGGAAGAUUUACAAGAAACUAGAGAAAGGGAAGAAAUAUUCCGCAAAUCAGUAGAGGAAGGUUUACAAGAAGCUAGAGAAAGGGAAGAAAUAUUCCGCAAAUUAGUAGAGGAAGGUUUACAAGAAGCUAGAGAAAGGGAAGAAAUAUUCCGCAAAUCAGUAGAGGAAGGUUUACAAGAAACUAGAGAAAGGGAAGAAAUAUUCCGCAAAUCAUUAAAGGAAUAUUUACAAGAAACUAGAGAAAGGGAAGAAAUAUUCCGCAAAUCAGUAGAGGAAGGUUUACAAGAAGCUAGAGAAAGGGAAGAAAUAUUCCGCAAAGUAGUAGAGGAAGGUUUACAAGAAGCUAGAGAAAGGGAAGAAAUAUUCCGCAAAUCAUUAAAGGAAGAUUUACAAGAAACUAGAGAAAGGGAAGAAAUAUUCCGCAAAUCAGUAGAGGAAGGUUUACAAGAAGCUAGAGAAAGGGAAGAAAUAUUCCGCAAAUUAGUAGAGGAAGGUCUACAAGAAGCUAGAGAAAGGGAAGAAAUAUUCCGCAAAUCAGUAGAGGAAGGUUUACAAGAAACUAGAGAAAGGGAAGAAAUAUUCCGCAAAUCAUUAAAGGAAGAUUUACAAGAAACUAGAGAAAGGGAAGAAAUAUUCCGCAAAUCAUUAAAGGAAGAUUUACAAGAAACCAAAGAAAGCUUAGAAAAAUCAGUUAAGGAAACUAUAGCACAAGAGAUCAAAACGUCGCAGAUGAAGAUAGAAUGUAAUCUGAAGAAGGAAAUGCAGGAGUUACAAGAACGAUUGAAGAUGGACAUCAAUGAGAGAGAGAGUAAGCUACAGAAGAGCAUAGACCAAGUCCAGGGAGACGUGGAGAAGGUGGAAAGAAAGUUAACAAAAAAGAUAGAAGACGAUAUUGAAGAAACUAAAGCCGAAUUGGGAGAAAGGAUCACCGAGGUGGAAACAAAUUGCAGUCAUCGAAUCGCCGAGGUGACGCAGAUGCAGAAACAAUGCAGUGAUGCGGUUAGGGGGAUAGGAGAUAGGCAAAACCAACUGGCUGUCAAUCUGAGAAAUGCUAUAGCCGUGCAACGAGAAGAGGAUAACAACAGGGUUGCAAUGGAGGUCAGGCAAUUACAACAAUUACAACAAUUGGAGAGCAAGACAGAACAAAUUGAUAAACGAAUUAGCAGUGCCACUUUAACCUUGGGGAAGGUAGAGUUGUUACCUUGA